AUGGCUUCGCCUUCGGAGGACUUCCUCAGCGAGGAAGAAUGGAGUGCGCCGAGCAUCCCAACUCCAGCUGGUGACCUGGAGGACGGCGACGCGGCGCAGGGCGAGCCGCCCGCUGAACAGGGGGAGGACUGGCUCGCCGAGAGCCCUGGCAGAGGUCCGAGCCCUGAGCAGGGCGAUGCCCAGGCUCUCGUGCCGCUGGAGUCGGCGCCAGUGCUGGCCCAGCCAGCGGCGGCGCUGGUGGUUGCACCUGCUGGCGGCGUCGGCGCGGAGCCGCUGCAGGGCUCGCUGGCCAGCCUGACGCGGGUGCUGGUGGAGAAACGCUAUGCCGACGAUGGCAUCGUCACGCUGUCGUCGGCCACGGCGAUGGCGGACCGCCUCGGCAUUGCGCGUGGCCACUUCAGGGAGUGCGUCUACGCCGCGGCCCACGCUGCCUUUGCCGCUGCCCAGACGCAAGUCGUCUCGCUCGUGAGCCGAGUUCUUGCUGCGACUAGGUCUCGUGACGAGACCGCGCCCGUCGUUACACCCUUGGUCUUCUUCAGGAAGCGGAAGUACGACGGGGCGCGCAUGAGGCUCGGCACCACUGCGUCCAUGGUGUACGACGACGACGUCAUCGAGGAGCGGGCCGUCGGUUCGCGCGAGAUCUUCGUCGUGAAGGGCGAGUUCGGCAUCGUGAUGCGUCGGCGGCAUGGUGAUGCAUGCCAGUUCUUGCACGUGUGCGGCACCGUGCCCACGCGUCUCAGCGUGCUGGAAGGGAGCGCUGCAGAGGUCGUUCACGCGGCGUUGCGCGACCAGCUGGAUUCGCCUUGGGAUCGCAUGGUGGACCGGAGGUUCCCCCGGCUGGUCGACGUCGCCUGCUGCGACGCUGCCAGCGGCAACCUGCGCUCUGAACGCGCCUUUCGUGAGACGAUGCCUCUCCGAGCUCAGAUUGUUUUCCUGUGCCGUGCGCACAAGAAAAAGAAGGUCGCUGAGAAUUCGCUCAAGACGAUUCGGCCUUUCGACACGAACCUCGUUCGCUGCCAGAUGUCGUUGACAGGGGACCAUCUCCUGGGAUUGAGGCACCAUGCCAGGCUGCUCCAUGGAGAACAGCUCGUGGUCAAGCGGGGUGUGCCUCCAGCGGAUGCCACUGCGCACCGCGAUGCCAUAUGGAAGCUGUGCUCCGACAGCGAUGACCCGACCACUGUGUAUCGCAGGGAGGUGGUGUCCCGCCUGUACAAUGGCGACAUCCGUAAGCACGGCGUCAUCGAGCACUACUGCAGAGGGUGUUGCGAAUCGCCGCGGCACACGUUGUUCUUGAUGCGGCGGCACGGCGUCCCAGCGCUGUUCGGCAGGAUUGACGUUCUGAACAGAGCCAACUGGGUCAACCAGACACGGAGCCACAGAUGUGUUGGCGUGCCAGCUGCUGUUCAUGGCAUCUUUCAGGCAUCGUACCUGCGCGCGAUGCCUGGGAAGGCUCCCAAGGCGCCGCGCGGGGCCGCUGGCGCUGAGGGCGGAGCAGACGCCGACGACGAGAACGCGUUCAAAGAGGAGCAGGACAAGCGGGUUGCUGGCAGCCGCGCGUGGAUGCUCAGCGGCGCCGUCGAAGAUGGCAUGUUCUUGGGCACGGUGCUGGCUACGCGCGCGGACGCGUGCGUCUCGAGGCAGUUGGCUACCAGCGGUUCGUCAUUCGAGAAGGCUCAGCAGCACAGAGUGUCCCUCGGGCAGCCCAGGACUUACGAAGCGUGGCUUGCGCAUGAGGAUGCCAACGCCAUCGAGUUGCUGAGCGGCGCGUACCUGGCCAUAUUCGACGUGGCAGCGUGGUACCCGUUGCAGGACCGCACGGAGGCGACUGCGCUGAAAGUGUACCGCAUGUUGGCACGGAUGGGCGGGGUUGCGGACCAUCUCGUUCACAGGGCCAAUCGGAAUUGGCCGUUGCCGCUGCUAUAUUCCUUGAAGGACCCAAGUAUUGUGCAGGUCCUUGGGGAGACCAAGAGCUGCCUCCCGGAUGAGUGCACUGAGGAUUUCUGCAGCUUCUACGCGGGCCGAUUGGAUUCGGCAGAAGCCAUGAGCGAGCUGAAGGGCGUCCUUGUCAUGACCGACACGGACACCGCCGACGCGGAGAGGUUGCAUUCGGUGAACCAGAGGGCUGCGCGCUUCAGGGUCUGGACCCACAUUGAAUCCGUGGAGGAGGUGAGUGCUCAUUUCACGUCGCACAUGGCGGGUGACUUCGACGUGUUCGCAGCACCGCGCCCUGACCUUCAGAGAGGGCCUGCCCAGAAGCGGAAGCGCCUGGUGUGCGACCCGCGGCGUGGGCACAACAGCCUCCAGAAUUGGACGUGGCGAGCGUUUACGUACAUGAACGGUGCCAGUGUGUCUGGAGCAUCGUCGAUCGAGUUGUCAGAGAUGUAUUCCAAGCUGAGCGGGGAGGAGCUUGAGCAGUACAGGCUCCUGGCUGCCAUUGCACGGGAUCGUCAUCUUUCUGGCGAGCGCGGUUUCGACGGGCGUCGGAGGGCAAGAACGUCCUCGGCGUCUGGCGGCAUGUCGCCAUCUUUCGGCGCGGCGCCGAUCUGUGACCAGCGAGGGGAGUCGGCGGGCGAUGCUCGACCUCAGAAGUCGCAGUUCGCUGAUGUGCCCUCGCUGAUCCUGCAGGCUUCGCCAGCUGCUCGGGCGGCGGCUAUUCGCAGGCGCCGCAGGGAGGGCGCGCUCGAGGCCCGCGUGGCUGGCGAGGUGCGCGAGGCUGCCGCCGCGUCCAGGCAGCCCAACCAUGAGCAGGACAACGACAUGUUCUCCGUCGUGGAUCGGGCCGCUGCCCCCGUCGGCGACAUCGAGAUUCAGGUUGACACCGGCAUGGUUUUGAAAUACCGCAGGCGCGCGUCCACCGUGACGUCGGACGCCGCCAACGCGUUGGAGGGCGAUGGUCGUGAGUCCGUGCAGCAGCGGGCUUCGGCAUGGGUGGCCAUGCAUCGCACGCUCACGGUGCCCAGCGCGCCUCCCUUGGGCCGUUGUUCCACUCCCCGCAGAUGCUGCCACGAGGCGGAGACGUGCUUCCACGAGGACGGCGGCGACAGACUGCUGCUGAUCGAGAAGCACAUCAGGGCCGCGUUCGCCGCCCUGCGCGCUGCGUGCCCCGAUAAGGGCGCGAAGGCCUCGGCGCGCACCAAUUGGUUGCACCAUUGUAAUAUUACCGACCCCAUCUUCUCAACGAGGGCCUGA